UUUUGCACUGAUUAACCCCUCUUCCCAAAUCUCCCUACCCAUCUCAAUCUCUCUCCAAAAUCAUCCCACCAUCAACUUUUCCCCUCUUAGAUUCUCUCUCUUUCUCUCAUAACCACAAAUGGUGCUACCAAAGCGUGGCCACAGGUUUUUCAAAUUCAGGAGCUCAGCCUCUUGCCAAAGCCCCACUCAUGAUCAUGUCAACUUCUAAACUUUUGUAAAACAAACCACCUCCACACAAAGGCAAUUCUUCUAAGUAUACUCCAAAAUAUCUCUCAAAACACCAAAAAAUAUGACCAAAAAAAAUUCUUAUUUGUUCAUUGGCUGACAGAAUAUUCCACUCUCUAUCCAUUCCCACCUCUCACAGAGUGUCUCAAUCUUAUCUGUUAAAAAAAAUCUCUAAGACACACCUUUUUUUUGGUCUACUAAUCUUUCAAUUUGAGCCAAAUGAGUCCUCAGGCAUACGAGUUGUCGCGGGAGGUUGUGGACAUGGCUUGGAUUAUGCUGAGGAUCGAUUACUCAAGGCUCUUCUGGCUCUUGUUCGGUGUUUUCUCAUACGAAAACCGCGAAGGAAAGCCUCGGAUUUUCUAGCACCCGGUCUCUCACCUUCAAGAAAAACUCAGUUAUAUAGCAAUAGAUUAAUAAAGACAAUAUUUAGCAAAUUUUAUAAAUAACAAGCUUGGAAGGUCGUUGUUGUCUGCGGAUAGGGUUGGUUGUUGUUGCUCAAUCAUGUAUAAGGCGUGGUUAGGGGAACCGAUUGAUGGAUCAAAGUUGCAGUUGGGAUACAUUGAAAUGGAUCCAUCAGGAAGAUAUGGACGAUUUAAAGAUUUACUGGGGAAAGGAGCAACGAAGACAGUGUACAAGGCAUUUGAUGAGGUGCUUGGGAUGGAGGUUGCUUGGAACCAGGUCAAACUCAACCAUGUUUUUCAUUCACCGGAGGAGUUGCAGAGGCUUUACUCCGAGGUCCACCUCCUUAAGAACCUCGAUCACAGUUCCAUUAUCCGAUUCUAUGCUUCUUGGAUCGACGUUGAUCGCAGAACUUUCAAUUUCAUCACUGAAAUGUUCACUUCUGGCACUCUCAGAGAGUAUAGACAGAGAUACAAGAGAGUAGAAAUUAGAGCAGUGAAGAACUGGGCUAGACAAAUCCUAAGAGGACUGUCAUACCUGCACAGUCAUGAUCCACCAGUGAUACAUAGAGACCUCAAGUGCGAUAACAUCUUCGUCAAUGGGCAUCUUGGUCAAGUCAAGAUCGGUGAUCUAGGGCUAGCCGCCAUUCUCCGUGGCUCUCAACAUGCCCACAGCGUCAUAGGUACUCCUGAAUUCAUGGCACCAGAACUAUACGAAGAGGAUUACGAUGAGCUAGUAGACGUUUACUCCUUUGGUAUGUGUGUUUUAGAAAUGCUUACUUCUGAGUAUCCGUACAGUGAGUGCUCCAAUCCUGCUCAAAUCUACAAGAAAGUUACCUCGGGGAAGCUGCCGGAGGCAUUCUACCGGAUUCAAGACAUCGAAGCUCAGCGCUUUGUGGCGAAAUGCUUAGGCACUGCUUCGAAGAGGCCAUCGGCCUGUGAGCUCCUGGAAGAUCCAUUUCUUGCUUGUGAGAAAGAGGAGGUGUCCAUUGCCACCAGCAAAAGGACUCAAACCCCAAGAGAUCAUCAAAACUCAACUCCUAAUGGAACAGUGGUUGAUAUGCCGGUUUUGCUGCCCGAUUCAACCAGGAGGAGUACGGACAUGACUAUCACCGGGACCAUGAAUCCGGCUGAUGAUACCAUUUUUCUCAAAGUCAAGAUCACGGAUAAGGAUGGGGAAGCAAGAAACGUGUACUUCCCAUUCGAUAUCGUGAGCGACACAGCCAUUGAUGUAGCAAUGGAGAUGGUGAAGGAAUUGGAGAUCACUGAUUGGGAUCCAUCGGAGAUCGCCCAGAUGAUUGAUGAUGAGAUUUCUGGUCUUGUUCCAACUUGGAAGGAGUCGCCUCGACACCAUAAUCAGCACAGCUUCGCCUACGACGAAGAUGACGAUGACAGUAGUAGUAUCCACCACCCUUUCUACUUGCUCUCCUCUCAUUCUUCGUCCCAUGGUUCUCUUCCCGGUCUCUACACUUCACCCAAGGGGUCUCAGUUUCAUGGCACCAACGAUUCGACCAAUUUUGGCUGUUACUGGAAUCAAGAAGAUUUUCUUAUCAAUGAUGAUGCAAGUUCUCAAAACUCACAAAACUCCUUCAACUACUCUAACUUAAACUAUUCCUCAGCCAAUGAAAAUGACUUUGAUUUGAGUCCCAAACAUGCCAACUUCAAUGCCAAUAAGGGACACAAUUGCACUAGAUUCUGCCCUGAAGAAAGCAAGAGCAGUAAAAAUGGUUACAACCAAAGCAAUGCAUUAAUGCUUGACACUCACAGAACUUAUGCAAGUUCUUCAAAUCAUCAUCAUCAUCAACAACAACAACAAAGCAAGAUCACUCGUGUCAAAUCACUAGUCGACAUUCGUAGCCAACUGUUGCAUCGGUCCUUGGUGGAGAUGAUAAACAAGCGGCGGCUGUUUAAGACUGUCGGAGCUGUUGAGAACAUUGGGUACAAGGACCCCGGUGAGUUUUCCGGGAAGAUGUCCAUGUUUGGUGAGUUUUCCGGGAAAGUUUCUGGGAAUUGUGAAGGGUAAGGAUUUGAAUGGUAAAAAAUUGGCAUUCUGGUGAUUUGGGAAAAACAAGACGUAAGCAGUUUAUCUAUAAUUAUAGAGAGACUAUUACUGUGACUCGAAUAUGGGAUGGUAAGGGUAAGGAUUUGAAUGGUGAGGUACUUUUAAUAUUUGUAGUGUGAAUCUUGAAGUUUCUUGAUGAUGUUUGUAUAUAUGAUUUUGUGGUGUGUUAUUUUAUGAAUAUUGAACCCAAGAUGGUUUUUUGAUUUUGA